GGGUGGGGUGGGCGGGGCGGGGCGGCGGGACGGGCAGGCGGCAGUAUGCCUGCGGUCCGGCCGUGCACCAUGCCGAGCGGCGAUGGCGGGCCGGCUUAAGGCCAUGGGCCGGGCGCUGGAGGACCUGAGCCGGGACUCCGGCUACGGCGGCACCGCCGACUCGCUGCACUCGUCCAGCCUGUCGCUGAGCUCGGAGGCCGCGGCGGCCGCCGCCCAGGAGGCCGGGCCCGGGGACGAGGAGGCGGAGGCGGCGGGCGGGCUGGAGUGCGGCCGGCUGCCCGAGCUGGACGCGCCGCCCUGGGACACGCAGCAGCUGCGGGCCGUGCUGAGCCGCGAGCACCCGCCGGGCCGCUGGCCGCACCGCUCGCUGCUCCGCCUGUCCCGCCUGCUCGGCCGGCCGCUGCUCCGCCUGGCCCGCGAGGCCCAGCGCCUGAGCCGCCGCUUCGGCCGCUGCGGCGGCGCCGAGCUCCGCAGCGCCCUGCGCAUCGUGCUGCCCUGGCCGCUCGCCCGCCGCUGCUGCUCGGCCGGCCUGGCCGCCCUCUCGCUCCACAGCAUGGGCAGCGCCCGCGGCUUCGGCCUCGGCACCUCGGCGCGCUGCGGCCUCCGCCUCUCCGUCGGCCGCUUCUUCCGCUGGAUGCUCGACGGCCGCCUGGCCCCGCGCCUCCACCCGCACGCCGCCGUCUACCUGGCCGCCGCCAUCGAGAGCCUGCUGCUGGAGCUGGCCGCCCGCCUCGGCCCCGACCCCGGGGCCCCCGUCACCCCGCAGCACAUCGACCGCUCCCUCAGCAGCCAGCCCGACCUGCGCGGCCUCUGCCAGCAGCACCGGCACCUCGACUGCGCCCGCACCGCUCGUGGGAUCCUCACCCUGCCUGAAACCCUGGAGCUGAACACACACAGGAACAAGUCUGGGGGUACUCUGCUGUACAGCCAGUCUGAGCUGCGAACCAUGGAACAGUCGUUGCUGGUUACUCGUGUGGGAAGCAUCGCUGAGCUCAGUGAGCUGGUUUCUCGGGCAAUGCAUCAUCUGCAGACUCUGAGCUGGGUAGACUGCGGCGAGGCUGUGUCACUGCAUUACAAACAGGGGCCACUGCACUGGGAGACUGAAGCACUCUACACCCUGUGCUACUUCAUGCACUCUGCACAGCUGGAAUGGGAGAACCCCAACGUGGAGCCGUCUAAAGUCAGCCUGAGCACAGAGAGGCCGUUCCUGGUCCUGCCCCCCCUGAUGGAGUGGAUACGAGUGGCCGUGGCUCAUGCUGAGCAUCGCAGGAGCUUUUCCGUUGACAGUGAUGACGUUCGUCAAGCUUCCCGAGUUCUGCUUCCUGGAGUCGAUUGUGAACCUCGCCAGUUAAAAGCCGAUGACUGUUCGUGUGCCUCGCUGAAACUGGACGCAGCAGCAACGGAGGCCAAGUUCCGUCAGGGUCUGGGAUUCCGCAUGUUGAACUGUGGCCGGACAGACCUGGUCAGCCAAGCCGUCCGUUUACUGGGGUCUGAUGGCAUCAACACUCGGAGUGAGCAGGGUCUGAGUCCACUGAUGUACGCCUGUGCCCGUGGAGAUGAGGCUAUGGUGCAGAUGUUGCUUGACGCUGGAGCAGAUGUGAACUGUGAGGUUCCCAGCCCAUCCCACAAGUACCCAUCCAUCCCGCCGGAUACUCGUCAUUGGACAGCCCUCACACUUGCCGUCUUGCACGGACACGUGGCCAUUGUUCAGCUGCUGCUGGACGCUGGAGCCAAUGUGGAAGGGUCCCUUGGAGCAGGGGGUGAGAAUUACUCCGAGACCCCCCUACAGCUGGCGUCUGCAUCUGGUGAUCUGGAGCUGGUCAGUGUCCUCCUGGAGAGAGGAGCUGAUCCGAUGAUGGGCACCGUGUCUAGGAACGGAAUCACCACCACUCCCCACGGUGACAUGAGUGCAUUCAGCCAGGCUGCUGCACACGGCCACAGGAGCGUGUUCCGGAAGCUGCUGGCGCACUCAGAGGAGGAGAUGAGGAAUGUAGUGUCGCUGGAGGAGAUCCUGGCCGAGGGGAGGGAGCUCCCGGCCGAGGAGAGGAGACACGCGGGGUCUGUGCCCACCUCUGCCUCUCCCAGUCACAGCAGCAGGGUGCGGCUCAGCGUGCUGAAGGAGGCCAUGUACUACAGCGCCGAGCACGGCUUCCUGGAUGUCAGCAUGGACUGUCGGGGCCUCGGGGUUCCGUGGAGCCUGCACUCCUGGUUCCUGUCACUGGAGACGGCGUUCCUGCAGCACCGGAGGCCGGUGAUCCAGUGCCUGCUGAGGGAGUUCGGCACCAUUAAGGAGGAGGAUUUCAGUGAACAGCUCCUCCUGCAGGGUCUACCCCUCCUGUUCAACAUCCUGAAAGCCAGCAAGAAUGAAGCAAUCAGUCAGCAGUUGGCAGCAAUUUUCGCUCAGUGCUACGGCCCAUACCCAAUCCCCAAGUUCACAGAAAUCAAACGGAAGCAAAUUUCUCGGUUGGAUCCACACUUCCUGAAUAACAAGGAAAUGUCCGACGUCACCUUCCUGGUGGAAGGGAAGCCAUUUUAUGCUCAUCGUGUGCUCCUGUUCACUGCCUCACCAAGGUUUAAGAUGCUGCUGUCGAGCCGAAUGCCCUCCGACAACCCCUGCAGUAUUUUUAUUGAAAUCAGCCACAUCAAGUACAACAUAUUUAAGAUGGUGAUGCAGUACCUGUACUACGGAGGGACAGAAACCCUGCAGAUUCGAAGCAGCGACAUUCUGGAGCUGAUGUCAGCCGCACACUUCUUCCAGCUGGAAGCUCUGCAGCGACACUGUGAGCUGGUCUGCACCAGGACCAUCAGCGUCGAGAACUCUGUGGAAGUGUACAACCACGCCAAGUUCCUCGGAGCCGCUCACCUCUCCGCGUUCUGUGAAGGGUACUUCCUGAAGAACAUGGUCUCUCUAAUGGAGAAUGAGGCGUUCAAACAGUUACUGUACUCCUCUACAGAGGAGUCCCAGGGACACCAAGUGCUGCACGAUUUAGAGACGGCAUUAGCAACCAGGAUCCAGUCGAUUCACCUCUCCUCCUCCAAGGGAUCCAUUGUGUGACCACUGAGUGUCGGCAGGUGUCGACCCUGGUUCACUUGGGCAGUGUGGUGGAGGGAGAGUCACCGACUGUCUCCGUGUACAAACUCGUAAUGACCUCUGUUUCUCAUCGUCCCAGUGGAUGGUUCGACCCUUGGCUCAUCACGUUGUCAGCUCUGGGGAAGGGAGAGACAGGCCCAGGGGCUGAGGCUGCCUCAGUGUGGGGCUGUUUGUGUUGGGUCAGGGCAGUGCCGGUGUCUCCGGGCAGGGUGAAGCCCCUCUGGGCAUGGGGUGGGGUCCCCUCCUUCAGCAGUGGAGGAGAUAUUAGUGUCUCCUUCACGGGGGCUGGGAACCGUGGCCAUUGUUGUACGUUGGUGCCCAGGGUUGAUGGUCUCAGUAUGUCAGGCACUGCGGCUGAUGCUUGCCAGAAAAGCCCAGAACACCCGUCCGCAGCAUCAAGUCAUCCAACCGAUCCUCUCCCUGCACUCGGGGUGCAGCGUUCCCACCGGUGAACACGGCCCCACCAGUGAACGAGUUCCCACCGGUGAACGCGGCCCCACCAGUGAACGAGUUCCCACCGGUGAACACAGCCCUAGCGGUGAACACGGCCCACCUUGCCCCCAUUGGCUGAGUGUCAGAGUUUACAGUUCGGGAUUAUCAGUACGGACUGGUUUGUUUUUACUGACCAGAUAAUUUGGAAAGUAGAGAAAAAUCCCUCGAUACGGUAACCACAUCUCCACAGUGUUGCAUUGAAUGGAAUCAAAUGCACAUACGUGUAGUUACCAAAAGUGGCGGAGAGAGAGGAAACUCGUCCUGUCAUUGAUAGGAGUGACCGUAAGUAGGUACAUCAGCCCUUUGGAUUUAAUAACAUUUUGGGAGCUCGUUCAUACCCAGGUGGGUCCAUGAGUUGGGUGUUUGUAACCCUGGGACGGCCUGUAUACAGGGGUAUAUUUGUCAGUGUGGAGGUCCCCCUCUCCAGGAGCUGGGGUCAGUUAUUGAAUCUUAAACUAUGCAAAAUUAUAGAAUGCAUCUGAUCUUGGGAUAUAACAAAAUAUAUCGAUAUAUUUCUUUAAUAUUCCUUAUAUAAGUAUUUGUGAUAUUACAAAAAUGUUUGAGCUGUGUUUGACUGAGAUACAAGUUGUGUUAUUGGAACAGACAGCAAUGGUGGUGUGGACACAACCUGCUUAUUGCAAAGUUUACACCAUUUCAUUCUGAUUCUUGUUAAAACCAUUACAGCAGCUAAAGCAGCUCAAAGAUUAUUUAUUUAAAAUUUAUUCACACUGUAGAAAGCAGCAAUAUCUGAGAAGUGACUAUAUUUUGAUAGAUUGAAGUUAUAGCUUCUAAAAUAGAUUAGAAAGAUGAAUCUUUUUAUAUAAAGCUGGUUUAAUGAA